AUGUCCACGAGCUCGAUUGAUCUUCGCACCGCCACGCUCGAUGAGUUGCGAUCGGCGGACGCGCAGCUCCGCGAGGAAGUCACCGCGUACGGGGAGUCGUUACACAUGUUGAGCAAAGCGGUGAGUCGAUACCACGCGAGCGGGAGGGCGAUCGAGGCGUUGUCGAAGGAAACCGUGGGAAAAGACAUGUUAAUACCGCUCACGGAGUCCCUGUACGUCCCGGGAAAGAUCGCGAAGACGAACGGGGUGCUCCUGGACGUCGGCACCGGGUACUUUAUCGAACACGACGCGGAGAAGGGGAUCGAUUAUUGCAAACGCAAGGUGAACUUUAUACGCGAAAACGUGGACGCGUUGAUGGAACUCUUGACGAAGAAGCGAAAGCAGUUGGUGUUGGUGCAAGAUUUCAUGCGCGCGCGGAUGCAGGAGCAAGCGCAGGCGACGCAGGCGGGGGCGUGA